AGCCUCACGGCCCCGCCCCACGAUCUGCGCGCGCUGGCACGCGCGCAGCGGCGAUGGCGCUGUGGUGGAGGUUCCAGCUGCCGGGCCUCGGCACCCACCACCUGCGGGCGGCCCAGCUCGGGGAGGCCGGGCAGGAGGUGUACCUGGACGGAGCGCCCCUGGAAGCGCCCCCAGGCACCACCACGUUCACCGGGCCCGGCGCCUGCCUGCUCGAGCUGCAGCAGCAGCCGGGCGACGGCCAGUGGCUGCUGCUGGUGGACGGCGCCGAGGUGCCGCCGGCCCCGCCGCCCACCGCCUCUGGCGGCUCGGCGGGGCCGGCGCCGGCGCCCGGAGGGGGUGCGCUGUGGUGGAAACUGCCGCUGGCAGGCGCCGGGAACCACAUCAUACGGGUCACCGACAUCGGCACGCCCGUCCAGCAGCUCGUGCUCGACGGGGCCCUCGUCGAGGCGCCCGAGGGCACGCUCGCGUUCACCGGCCCCGCGGGCACCUUCCUGGAGCUGCGGCCGGCCGCGGACGGGUCGUGGCUGCUGCUGGCGGACGGCACCCCGGUGCCGUCCUACGACCCCGCCGCCACGGCGGAGCCCCCGAUCACGUGGAGCUUUGUGCUGCCCACUGGGACGCAUUUUCUGCAGGCCCUGAACCUCGGCAAGAGGGGUCAGGAGAUCUCCCUGGACGGCGUGCCCAUCGUCGCCCCGGACGGCGAGGUGGCCUUCACGGGCCCGGGAGGGGCCCUGCUGCAGCUGGCCUCGAGCGGAGGCGACUGCUGGACGCUGUUUGUGGACGGCGUCGAGGUGCAGUCCAGCACCGCGGGCCUCGCCUCCAGAUGUGCGGACGGCGUGUAUACAUUCUCCUGCCAGGGAAGAGCGCACCGGCUCCAGGUGGCCGGCAUGGGCGAGUCCGGGCAGCAGGUGGUGCUGGACGGUGAGCUCAUCCCAGCCCCGCCCGGCACGACGUGCUUCACUGGGCCUGGGGGCUGCCUGCUCGAGCUGAGGCCAGAGACGCUCGGCUGGGCCCUCUACAUGGACGGCAGCUGCGUGGCUGUGGGGGAGUCGGCGCCCUCGCCGCAGGCCUUCCCGAUGGGCAUCCCGGUGACCCCGGUGCCGCCCCCGCCAGCUCCUGCCCCAGUGGCGCCACGGCCGCCGCCUGCGCCGGUCUUGCGCGGGGGGAUCGCGCCCACUGCGUCGCAGGCGAUGCCCCAGGGAGUGUCCCUCGACACAUCCACGGGGAUGUACACGGCGAACAUCCGCGUCCGCGGCAAGUUCCGGUUUCUCGGCGAGUUCCGCACCCCGGAGGAGGCCUCCCAGCGGUACCAGCAGGCGCGGAGCGAGUUCUGAGCGCGGGGCGUUUUUCCUCGCGUCCAUCGGCGCGUGUCCUGGCGUCGCCGUCUUGCCUCGUGCUGCGUGUAUGAUGUUAGCGCUGCGCGGCCGCCGUGCACUCAGGCGAAAUCUCGUCGUGCCCCUGCUCUUGUCGCUACUCACCGUCAGAAACGCCGAAUUGCUAUUGUGAUGGACGUUGUGUCGAAUGGUGCGUUAGGGCUUCAUGAGCGCAACGCACCAAGUUCGCCAUGACGGGCAAUGGAUGUCAUCCAAGGCGAGGUGUGAACACGCUGGAUGAACACCUGUUUCUCUUUUUUCGCUCUCCCCUCCC